AGCUGAGUUAUACUAGUUCUCUGCUGCAUAAAAAUAGCAGUGAACUUCUAUAUAUUUCCGUAGAAUUUUUUCAAGUUUAUCUCACAACUAAAAAACGAUCUCGAAAGAAUACCAAGUAGCUCCACAUCUCCUCUUUUAAAAAGUAGUUUCUUUUCUUUCCCGUCAAGAACUCGACGUUGUUUUCAAUCAGCCCUCUACUACAGGCAAAGAACGUAUUCAGAAUGCUGCAGUUGUUCUGGACCCCAAGAACGACCACCGCCGUGGUGGUCUACUUCUAUCUCGCUUCCUUCCCGCUGCUGGUGUCGGGUUUGUCGCUGGGAGCCGGCAGCAGCAGCUCCUCCUCUUCGUCCCCCGGGAUGAAUAAUGUUUAUGACGUAGCACUAGCGCCAUCCACUUCCACGGGCCGAAGCUCUGCAUCUGCCGGGAGUGCCGCCGCUACGACAUACACCGGAGCACUACACCAGCAGCCAGAGCAAAUUGGUUUCCUUCAUCGCGGGGGGCCCGGUCACCUACUUCCACCUGUUGGGCCUCUGCCCCAAGGGCUGCAGCGCCGCGAAGGGAUCAACCCGGACCCGCGCCCAACAUUGAGGACCCCUUCUCCCCCCGUUGGGCGUCGAGCUGGUCCUCCGGCCUCGCCCCCACCGGGACCAGCACAGCUGGGUGGGAGUAUGCAGUGCAAAAGUAUCGUACUCGUAUAAAUGCAUUACAAAUUUCCUCAGCAUGAGAAAUAAAUUUUGUAAUGCGGAUUUACCUUAAGACAAAGAUUUGUAAUGCGUGACUUUUCCAAUACGAGUGCGAUACUUUUGCACAGGAUAAGGAUUAGGAGAUCCCGAUCUCCGGUACCAAAUUCCCCUCCCGCCGCACCGCAGCGAGAACGGCGCACGACCAGAGGUUUAUUGGGCUUCGAAGAUUUUGCCAGAAUUAAUGUCGGAGAACAUCAAGCACAAGCAGCUGCUCCUCCGGCGGCGGGUGUGGGGGCGCUUCCUUUCCGUGCCUACCAAGAUCUUCCAAGAUCCCCAAGCCCGGAUCUCCACCGGCCGGCGCAGAACGCGCUUCGCAACUUCGAAAACGCGCAGCGGCAGGCUGGUUCCCCGCCGCGGCAGGUGACACCGCCGCCAAGGGAACGGAGGGAUCUUGCCGUCCCCGAUGCGCCGCGGCGAAUUCGUGGUCGUGCCGGCCAACGACGAGUCGGCAAUUUCGGCCCGGAUAUCAUUCGAGAGUUGCAGCCUGAGUUUGAAGAUGCCGCCGAACGGAUGAGACACGAUGACGACGGCGCCGGAGCUCUGUUUUUGCAAGGUCCCCAUGAGGUAGUCCGGCGAGCGGGACUUUUUGACGACUCCGACGGGAGUGACCAGGAGAACCGUCCGCCACGUUAAUUCUCUAUUCGAGCUGAAUUGGGACUACAGAAGUACCUACGCACAUCAAGGAGCGCCGCGUGGACUUCUAUUAUAGACAACUUGAGAAGGGGGACGACGACGAACAAAACAGGUUGAUGGUGCCGCCUGAUACCUUGUUCGCCUAUAGUAUACAUAAGUACCGGGAAAAAUUCUAAUUCAGGCUUUCGUAGGCCGAAUUUUCUUUGAAAAGGGGUUGGUGUGUGGCCACGUGCACUUUCAGAUUUUUUGUUUGUGAAGAUGUUUACCGCAGUUUUUUUUGUGCACAAGCAGUGCGGGAUAUGUUUGCAACGCAUCAAGGAAGAAGGAAGAGGAUCGAUUGCAGAUUAUCAUGUAGGAUUUGACCGAAGGUGGAGAAGUAAAAUAUCAACGCUGUAGAACUAGAACUGAUUCUGUCUGAGCACGCUUUUCAUCAAGUAAAUUAAAAUGCAGCAGGAGCUGGUGGUCAGCUGCGAGAUCAUGACGCAUCCAAUUCGAGUAUUUUUAACGCCAGUUUUUCUACUAAUUAGAUCCCCGGAGCAGGUCGACAAGUGAGAAAAAUCGAAGCAUCAAAAAUAUGGAAUAAGUACUCAGAUCCAUGUGGAAGAGAAAGUACUGGCUCCUCUUAUACGAGAUGAACAACGGCGACCAUCAAGGGCGCAGAUGACCACAACGAGAACCACAACACGCGAAAGCAAAUAGUGUUGCUGUCGCGCUGCGUAGUUCUAGUGAUGUAGAUGCUGAGAAAAUUUUUCACUUCUAUGCUCGGGCUGUAGAAUGUUCUUCAACUUCAUGCUGAUAUAUGAUAUAG